AUGGCUCACAGUGACGACGAUGAAGCUUCGGCAUCUCUCGACAUUUUCCAGGAGCCCGCAAGCUUUUUCCAGCCUGAGAAGCCACCAACAUUCGUCAACUAUACCCUUCAGGAUGGCGAUGAGCUCAGGCUCAGGCUCGUAGGGCACAGUCCUCUUUGGGGGCAUCUUCUCUGGAACGCGGGCCAAGUUGUUGCCAAGUAUCUCGAGGACCAUGUCCACCAGCUUGUGCAGAACAAAACUGUUCUAGAGCUAGGGGCUGGUUCGGGUCUUCCCAGCCUGGUUGCUGCUAUCUUGGGUGCUCGAAAGGUAGUGGUGACAGACUACCCGGACCAGGAUCUCAUAGAGAAUCUCCGUUAUAAUAUUGAGCAUUGUUCGACACUGAGUAACAAGUCCACCAUUGUAGCAGAAGGCUACCUGUGGGGAAGCGCGCCGCACUCCUUGAAGUCUCACAUUCAUCCCAGCUCAGAAGGCUUCGACCUCCUUAUUCUUGCCGACAUUCUGUUCAACCACUCAGAGCAUACGAAACUGCUCCGAACAGUACGUGAGUGCUUGAAAAGAUCUUCCGAGUCGGUUGCUUUGGUCUUUUUCACCCCGUACCGACCAUGGCUGCUGGAUAAAGACCUCAAUUUCUUUGAGCUGGCGCGUGCCGAUGGGUUUGUGGUCAAGAAGCUUUCAGAACAGAUUAUGGACAAGGUCAUGUUUGAGAACGACCCGGGAGAUGAGCUUCUCCGCAAGACUGUCUUUGGCUACCAAGUGGGAUGGCAACUGUGA